AUGCUAAAAAGAGUUGAUCCCACCAACACAGUUCUAAUCACUUACUUACAAACCAUUGAUACUUCUGUUGAAACCGUGGUUCUUUUGGCUAGAGAAGAAGAGACGAAGACUAAGCGUUCGAAGAAGGUUGCUACUGAAUCUUCUGAGAAACCUGUCAAAGAAUCAAAAUCAACAAAAAGUCCAACGAAGUUACCAAUUACAGAAGCCGAGCCAAUCCAAAUCGAAGUUGUUGUUGCUGAUACCCCAUCCACUCAAAAGAAAAUCAUUCCUUCGAAGACUGGUGUUUUUCGAAGAAUCAAGAUGAAGUCAAAACAUACGAUUCGAUCACCUCUUUCAAAUUUUGUUCGCAAACCGCAGGUUUCGCAUCAAGGAGUUAUCUUUUGUGAGAUUCCCGCACCUUCUUCACCAUCUUCUAAAAAGAGAAGGGCAAUUGAUAUGGCCAAACACAUAUCGAAGAAGAAGAAGAAGAAGAAGAAGAAGAAGAAGAAGAAGAAGAAGAGUAGGGUGAUUAUUUCAUCAGAGUCUACUACUGAUGAAAAUGAAACAAUUCCAGAAACACCAGAAGUUGAUCUUCAGAAAGAUUCUUCUCAUAUUGCAUCAACUGAUGUAAUAUCACCCGAAGUUUUGGUUGCCAAGACAGUUUCUGUGGAGGCACGAACUUUUGACAUUUUUGUAAACAUAUCUCAUAUGGAUGCAAAUGUCACAAUAGGUGAGGAUGCUUCGCACACUGGAGACAAAGGUAAACCUUCGGAUGUUACCAUAGAUAAUAUUGUUUCUUUACCUCCACAACGCACACCUGUCAUUCCUACUACAUCCACAACAGAUUCUCCUACCUUUGAAAACAUCAUCAAACAACCAAUCACAUCUCUUUUUUCUUCACAAUCCACUAAUCCACCUACCACCACUUCACCACUUCAAGAUUAUUCUGUCAUGGAAACUGAACAUGAGUCCGAAGGUUUUUGGAGGGGCAUUUGA